UAACAAAUUGUUUACCAUUAUCAAUUGUUCAAUGAAGUAUGGAUACUCGAUAAUUAAAAUCCGUCGUCAUAGUCAGUUAAGAGUCAUUGUGUCUUAAACUGACUAACUCUAUCAAAUACCACAUGAUGAUAAGAGUAUUGUGACUAUGUAAAACUGCACCAGGAUUAACGUUCUAUGGAUCUGUAUAAAGGCAUGAUAAAAUGCUUUAUGUAGAUCUGUUUAACAUCACGAGAUGUGUUUUCUAUGGAUCAGUAUAAACCCAUAAGAGUGUACUUUCUGUGGAUAUGUAUAAUCACAUGACAAUGUUCUUUCUGUGUUUCAUACUAAUUCUUAAUUGUGCUGCUCUUAGUGAAAUGUUAGAUGAUCUUCAUCUACAAAUAGACAUGUUUGGCAUUGAAGAUAAACUGCACAUCCAGUAUGUAAAGUUGAAGCACCAUGGUUCAACCUAUAUGAUAAAUGUUUCAAUGCAUUUUCACAAAUUUAAUGAAACCUUCAUGUACUGUUCUGAAUUGAAUGAAAUAUCUACCUCAGAUACAGUUUGUCUACCGUCAUCUUUAAAAUGUACAUUGUUAGAAACUUUCAAUGAGUUUUCGAUUGGGUCCAUGAUUUGUGGAACACAAACAAAAUACGAUUCGAAUGUUAUUACUCAAAAUAUCGAAACCAAAACGUUAAAAGAAUCGGACAUUUUACUUCAAUUCAUCAAGAUUGUUGACUGGAAAAAUUUGGUGCUCUUCUAUCAGAAUAAAACAGAGAAAAUCACAAGUUCUCUAAUAGACGACUUAUCUGAUAUCGGUAUACGUGUAUCCAUGGUAAAUACAGAUAGGAUAAAUGGCAGUGAGCUAAACAACUAUAUUAUCCAAUCUUUCAAAGAAACCUCGAAUAUGCUUGUUAUUUGCUAUGCAGCAUGCAUUCAGAGUGUUUUUCAGUUGGUUAACAAAAUGGAUCGGACAAAUCUUGACUUUGGAGCUUUGAUACAAAGGGAGACAAAAUGGAUAGUUUUAUCAAUGGACCAUACUAACAGUUCAUUCGUCCCCUCUGUUUCUCACAAUAUUUCUAAUAUAGCAGUCAUAGAAAGCAGUGAUAGAUUUAUGCAUAUUUGUAAUGGAAACACGAUCAUUUCGUCGGAAGAGCUAAAAGUAAACAAAAACUAUUCAAAAGACGAACUGCAAAAUGCGAUGAAGGCAACAGGAAUAGCAUCAAUUGUAAAGACCUAUGCUGGAAUGCAAUCAUUCAAAGUGCAUACGUUAAUGUACACACGAAAAGGUCGUCAGUUGGUUAAUGUCCCGUUGAAAAUGAAUCUUAGUGAAAUAAAACUUCAAGGCGAACUGUUUCCAAACACAAAGUACGGAUUUAAUCAAAAACAAUUGUUAGUUACAACGCUGGAGUGGCGACCGUUUAAUGAAAAGAUAUCAGAAGGAAAUUAUACGGGAUUCACAAUGUUUGUAUUACAGAGAUUAGCACAUCAGUUGAACUUCACGUUUAGGAUAGUUGAACCAGAAGACGGACAAUGGGGAAUAAAGAAAAAUGGUUCCUGGACAGGAAUGAUCGGAUUACUUGAAGACAGAAAAGUGGACAUUGUUGCCGCUCCUUUAACAGUUACGUACGAUAGAUCACAAGCUGUUGAUUUCUUGUAUCCAAUCUUUUUCGACACCAACAGGAUCGUGAUAGGGCGACCCAUAGACGACGAUGAUAACAAAUGGAGAACUCUCAUAGAUAUUUUUAGUGGAACUGUGCUGGCAUACAUUGCUGCUAGUAUUAUAUUUGUCACCAUAUUUUUAUGUUUUGUGGAGAAAGUUAAUCCAUAUUAUCUUUUGGAGAAAAAUAAGGAAAAGAGUCGACUUAGUAAAUUGUCUGAUUGUUUUUGGUACAACUAUGGAGCACUGUUAACUCAAGGAGGAACUAAUACACCAGAUUCGCAAACGGGACGAACAGUUCUGAGUUAUUGGUGGAUAUUUUGUAUAGUUUCCAUGGCUAUAUAUAGCGGUAAUUUGGUGGCGUUUCUUACAGUUGCCAAAGAUGAAUUACCGUUUACUUCAAUGGCGGGAAUGGUUCAACAAGAAAAAUAUAAAUGGGGAUUGUACGGUCAUGGUGCUAUGCACAGCUAUUUAUCUGAAUCAACAUUGCCAAUUCAUCAGGAGGUCUGGAAUGGAAUCGUCGGUUUCAACCACAGUGACCCAAGUGUUCUCAUGUCAAAUGAAGAUAAACAAUUCGAUAAAGUUAUAAGAGGGAACUACGCAUACUUUGCUGUAAAUUUAGUUGCACAAUAUUAUAAAGUUAGAGGAUAUGACAUUCUUAUACUACCAGAAAUUAUUGCUACAAUUCCUAAUGCUUUUGCACUUCAAAAGAAUUCUCCUUAUGAAGAAAUGUUUUCAAGGGAGAUAAUGCGAAUGCACGAGAAUGGUUUGAUAGACACUUGGCUAAAAGCUGGUUAUCCACCGAGUACACAAACGAGCAUCAAAUUCCAAGCUAAAGUUAUUGAAUUUCAAGACUUACAAAGUGCCUUUUAUUUGAUAGGUAUUGGUGUCACUUCUGGGGUUAUUUCAUGGAUUUUAGAAAGGAUCCUUCAUCGAAGUCCAAAGUGUAACUUUAGAAAGACGAAAAGAAGUGUAAAACUGCAUCGCAUGCAAUCCUUUGAUCUAACAGCUAUCCAAUAAUACUAUUGUAAUUUACUAAGUAAUGAUAACUUACAGCAUUAUUGAUAGAAUAAAAAAUAACGUUAUUUGUAAAUAA